AUGAUGGACCUACAGAUAGACGAGGUGGUCUACCAGGAUGACUACGGUUCCUGUACUGUCAUGUCGGAGCGGGUGUCAGGCCUGGCCAACAGCAUCUACCGGGAGUUUGAGCGGCUGAUCCGUAGCUAUGACGAGGAGGUGGUGAAGGAGCUCAUGCCUCUAGUGGUGAACGUCCUUGAGAACCUGGAUGCUGUGCUAUUAGAGAACCAGGAGCAUGAAGUUGAGUUGGAGCUCUUGAAGGAGGACAACGAGCAACUCAUUACUCAGUAUGAGCGGGAGAAGGCACUGCGUAAGCAGGCGGAGGAGAAAUUCAUCGAGUUUGAGGAUGAGUUAGAGGAAGACAAAAAGGACCUGCAGGUGCAGGUGGAGUUUUUGGAGCUGCAGGGGAAACAACUCGAACUCAAGUCCAAGAACUAUGCAGACCAAAUCACACGAUUGGAGGAAAGAGAGGCUGACAUGAAGAAAGAAUAUAAUGCUCUGCACCAGCGCCACACUGAAAUGAUCCAGACAUACGUCGAACAUAUCGAGCGCUCCAAAUUGCAGCAGACAGGAAGCAACAGCCAAUCGGAUGGCAGUGGACGAACUCACCGUCACACAUGGAGGAAAAGCAAAGCAGAGCGGCCGCCAUCGUUGAGCCUGUAUCCCAGCGGCGAAGGAAUGGAGGACGGAUCGGAGUCUGACUCGGUGGCGGCCACUCCCAGCAGCACUGGAAGCAAGUCCAACACGCCCACGUCCUCUGUCCCUUCCGCCACGGUCACCCCUAUCAACGAGGGCUUCCUCCCUUCUUCUGAGUUUGAUAUGAUGAGGGCCGGAAGCCGGGGCAGGAAAAGCGCCAAGCGGCUCAGCCGAAAUAUGGAAGUCCAGGUGUCCCAGGAAACCAGGAACGUGAGCAUCGGUAUGGGAAGCAGCGACGAGUGGUCAGAGUUUCAGGAAAUCAUUGAUUCUACUCCUGAGUUGGACAUGUGUGUGGACCCUCGAGUAUACGGAGGAGGAAACAGUCCGUCGCAGGGAAUAGUAAACGAGGCCUUCGGCAUCAACACAGAUUCUUUAUACCACGAGAUCAAAGACGCCAAGUCGGACAUCAUUGGAGACGUAGAUGCCGGCGCAGAGCUUCUUGGCGAAUUCUCAGUUCGAGACGAUUUCUUCGGGAUGGGCAAGGAGGUGGAGAACCUGUUGACGGAAAACAAACAGCUCCUAGAGACCAAAAAUGCUCUCAACAUUGUUAAAGAUGAUCUUAUUGCCAAAGUUGACGAGCUGUCCAGUGAGCACGAGGUGCUCCGCGAGGAGCUUGAGGCCCUGAGGCAGUCAAAGAACAAGGUGGACGCCAAAGUCAAAGAACUGGAAGAAGAACUACGAAGGUUAAGAGCUGAGGCUCUCGGAGCAUCUCGGGACUCCAAGGAUGAAGGAAAUGAUGACUUUUCAUCACCCAUACAAGAUGGUGACAUGACCAUGACCCAGAGAAGGCGCUUUACCCGGGUCGAGAUGGCAAGGGUGCUGAUGGAGAGGAACCAGUACAAGGAAAGGCUGAUGGAGCUGCAGGAGGCUGUGCGGUGGACAGAGAUGAUCAGGGCUUCCCGUGAGAGUCCUGCAAUUCAAGAGAAAAAGAAGUCCACCAUCUGGCAGUUCUUUGCACGUCUCUUUAGCUCAUCGUCCAGUCCUCCGCCUGUCAAGCGUCCAUACUACAGCGUCAACAUUCACUACAAGUCGCCCUCACCGGCGGGCUUCCCUCAGCGCCGCAGCCACACCAUGUGUCAGAUCUCGACCUCCAACCGCACCUUGGAGUUCUUCCCAGAAGAUGACUCGGCACUGUUGGCCCGCCGUGAGCAGCGGCGGGAACAGUACCGGCAGGUGCGCGAGCACAUGCGUCGUGACGACGGCAUCAUGCAGGCCUGUGGUUGGAGCGUUCCGCCACGUUUCAAACAGACCAACAGUGAAAAAGAGGACAACCGCAUGAAAAAUGUUCCUGUCCCGGUGUACUGUCGCCCCCUGGUUGAGAAAGACCCCAACAGGAAGCUGUGGUGUGCAGCCGGAGUGGACCUGACAGGAUGGAAAGCCAGCUGCACAGAGUCCGGACCACUUAAAGCUAUCUCUAGUGGCAGCGAUCCAUUGCAAGCGGAGGAAAACGAAGGAGGCAAGAAGAGCAAUCACAACUCUCCUGAGAAGAGAAAGUCUAAGGAGCUUCAGGAAACUGACACCAUGAGCAGCCGUGUUUGGAUUCUAACCAGCACCCACUCAGCUAGCAAGGUGGUGAUCAUCGAUGCUAACCAGCCGGGCUCACUUGUGGACCAGUUCAACGUCUGUAAUGCUCAUGUCCUCUGCAUCUCUAGCGUGCCAGCUGCCAGUGAGAGUGACUAUCCAGCUGGUGAAAUCGUAUUGGAUCCAGGUGAUGGUGGUGCAGGGGGAGGCGAGGACUCCGGCAGUGUGGAGGGUAUGUUGGCUGGUAUCACGCUAGUGGGUUGCGCCACUAACUGCAGUGUUGCCCGUAGCAACUGCUCCUCACGCACUGACACUCCCAUAAUGGACAAAGGACAAGCCCCUAUCGCUCCCCCCACAAGUAGUAAGAUUCUCCCGGCUCAGUCCGCCGAGGAGGCCACAGAGGCCACUGAAGUUCCAGAGUCCAGUCACACAGAACUUGGCUCGGCCCCUUCAGGACCGUUCAUGGAACACGUCUUCACCGACCAUCCACACAGGGCCCCUGGUCAGUCCAAAGAGGAGACGUCGGCACCUCCAGAGAUGGAAGAUGGUGGCGAAGAGGCUAAGAAUUACACCAGCAUGGCACCCACAAUGUGGCUCGGAGCCCAAAAUGGCUGGCUUUAUGUGCACUCAGCAGUUGGCAACUGGAAAAAUUGUCUCCACUCCAUUAAACUCAAAGAUUCUGUCCUCAGUCUGGUACACGUGAAAGGUCGUGUGCUUGUGGCCCUCGCUGACGGGACCCUCGCCAUAUUCCACAGAUCAGAAGACGGCCAAUGGGAUUUGUCCAACUACCACCUCAUGGACCUGGGCCGACCUCAUCAUUCCAUCCGCUGCAUGGCCGUCGUGCACGAUAAAGUGUGGUGCGGCUACAAGAACAAGAUCCACGUCAUUCAGCCCAAAAGCAUGCAGAUUGAGAAGUCCUUUGACGCCCACCCUCGACGGGAGAGCCAGGUACGCCAGCUGGCUUGGAUCGGCGACGGCGUGUGGGUGUCAAUCCGGCUGGACUCCACGCUGCGCCUCUACCACGCUCACACGCACCAGCAUCUGCAGGACGUGGACAUCGAGCCGUAUGUUAGCAAAAUGCUCGGCACCGGCAAGCUGGGCUUCUCGUUCGUGCGCAUCACAGCGCUUCUGAUUGGUGGAAAUCGCCUAUGGGUGGGAACGGGAAAUGGCGUGAUCAUCUCCAUCCCACUAACAGAGACGGUGGUCCUUCACCGGGGACAACUCCUAGGUUUGAGGGCCAAUAAGGUGUCUCCGACAUCUUCCGGCGGAGUGAUCCACGUGUACGGCGACGACGGCUCCGAGAAGAGCAACGGAAGCUUUAUCCCGUAUUGCUCCAUGGCGCAGGCGCAGCUCUGUUUCCACGGGCACCGCGACGCGGUCAAGUUCUUCGUCACAGUACCCGGCAACGUUCUGGCCACGCUGAAUGGCAGCGUAUUGGACAGCCCGUCGGAGGGUCCGGGCUCCACAGCACCCCCAGAAACUGAGGCCCAGAGCCUUCAAAAUGUGUUGGUGCUGAGUGGUGGAGAGGGUUACAUUGACUUCCGCAUAGGGGACGGCGAGGAUGAUGAGACAGAGGAAGCAGAAAGUGACGAAGCCUCACAGGUCAAACCAGCUUUGUGCAAAGCAGAGCGUAGCCACAUCAUCGUGUGGCAGGUGUCUUACAUCCCCGAGUGA